UGCAAAAAACUGCGGUUUUCGCUGUCGAUUAGUCGAAAUCCAUCAAUUUUCAUCGGUUCCGACCGCGAAACGACAACCGGUGUGCGAAAUAAAUCGCGUAUCGCGAGCUGAUAUUAAGCGCGGCUAUUUCGGGCAGAUUUAUUCCGCUGCAUGUAGGCAUCGCAAUAUCGGCGAAACGCGAUCAUUUUUAGCGCAAAAAGCCGUAGGAGUCGAAAAGGAGUAUUUAUUAUUUAUUUAUUAAUGUAUUCUCAAUUUCAAUUGGUCGUAAUGAAGAAUGGAAAAUGCAACUGAGCACUUGUGCGCCAGCACAACAGUUGUUUGCAAGGUGCUCACAGUCUCAACGGGUCUUCGUGUGGUGUCCAGUGAAAUGGUGCGACAAUUAUGAAUAAGGCGAAAGCAGCCAAGUCGGAUAAGGCCCGGAAACCGCCAACUGAUGUUAGCAGGCCUGCGAAUUCGACCAGGGCGGCGACGUUUUACGCGGGCCUUGACCCAUCAACCAAAAACAAAAGAAGUAAAGUUACCGAUGCGACUCGAAGGGUUGACAACAAUGCCAACAUUGCCCUGCAAACUCAGCGGCCAGGCAGCCUGAGAAGGAGAGGGAAGGAAAAUGUUGGCGGGGAUGUUGCCGUUGCCAGCUUGCACCCGAAAGCUGUAACUUACAGGAAGGAAAGUGACCCAUCGAAGGAAAAGGCUCAAUCCUCCACUCUGUCGCUCAAUAACCUGUUGCCACAUCAACCAAAAACCGCUCAAAACCAAAGCAGCAAACCAAAGAGACCCACAACUGUUCCAAAUCAGGUUUUUCUAAAACGAGGCCACAAGGAAGGUCCGAAUCAGCAGGACAAUCUUUCGCGCACCUCUUCAAUCACCAAUUUGGACUCGUUGGAGUCCAACUUUCAAGGCAAGGGGGCCAAGCCCAGAAAAGCCCCCUCGAAGGAGAGGAUUGACAAGCAGGGACAGGAUGGAAGGAAAGCCAAAAACAACAACAAACUAGAGCCCCCUACGGGACAGCCGCUGUCCUACUCGUCGGACUCGCUGCAGGAAGUCGAGCUGCAUCAGCUGCGCAAGCAGCUCAGAGAAAUGGCCGACGAGAAGAGCUCAUUGGCGUUGCAAUUAGGAGAGCAGCGGGGGCAGCUGAACGUUCUACAAAAGGAAAUUUUGAAGCUAAAGUCGUUCCAAGAGGAGAGCAACGUGGAAAUGGAAAAGCUGGCAGAGGAGAACAACGUGCUGCGCAACCGGCUGCGCGACGUCGCUCAUUCGCCACUCAGCGACAACGAGAAGCAGCAGCUUCUGUUCGAAAAUCGACAUCAUAGCAGUGCGCCUGCGUCCAUCGCAACCAAUGUUCCUGAUGAGAAUGGCGGCGACGUGACCACUUGCACUACACCUGACUGGGACAAGCAUUCCAGUGGCAAUGUUAGUGAAGUGUCAGUGGCCUGCUUGCAGGACAAAAUCAACCAGAUGCAGGAGACUCACUAUAGUACAAAUGAAGAACUUCAGGCCACCCUUCAGGAGCUCACUGACCUACAACGUCAACUGACGGAACUCCAGCAGGAAAACGAGCGACUCAGCGAGGAAAAGACUUUGAUGUUUGACAGCUUGUGCAGGCAAACCGAAAGACUGAACGACUCCAGGCAGGAGGUGGAAAACUUGAAGCAGCUGCUUUACAGAGAGCGGCAGGAUGAGACGGGGACCAAUCAGUUCGAAAGCGCUGUGGAGCGCGAACAAAAGCUGGUGGAGCUGCUGCGCUCAGCUCAAGAGGAACGGGAGCAGUUACUGUUGAAGAUGGAACAACUGCAGGCCGACUUGCACGAAUCCAGAGCCGGGAACAUUGAAAAGACUGAAGCAAUCGCCCAGCUGAGCGAGCGAGUGCGAACACUGGAGUGCACUCUGGAUGCCAAGCAUGCCGAGCACAAGCAGCUGGACCAGGAGCUGGCGCAGGCCAAAGAUCAGAGUUCCGGGAAGCAGAUCGAAAUCGACCGAUUAGCGGACUUGCUGGAGAAUGCCCGAACUAAGAUCAACGAGCUGGAGCAGGACAGAACGCUGAGCGACAAAAGCGAGCUGGACGAGCUGUUGGACAAUGCGCGAAAGGAAAAGGACCAGUUGGAGUCCGAAAUUUCCUACCUGAAAGAGCACCUGGCGCGCAGCAAGAACGAAAACGAGAAGCUCAAGGAGCAGGUCUUUGUGCUGCAAGAAGAGUGCAAAGUGACCAGAAAUAACGCCAAGACCACUCAGAACGAUCUGGAGUACAAGUGUGAGAAACUCGCAUCGGAAAAGGCCAGCUUGAGCGAGCAGUUGCAGCAAUUCCAAGAAGCAGUCAACGAGCUUCAGGUUCAAGCCCAAUGCCACCUGGAAGACAAAAGGCAGCUUUCGGCAGUUUUGUCCGAAACCCAGCGAAAUAUGAGCGAGGCCGAAAGAAAGAACAUGACCAUGGAAAAUGAGCUUCAAGAGCUGAGGAAAUUGCGAGCUGAAGAGAAUGACGAAUGGGAGAAGUUCCAAAACGAUCUGUUGACUUCGGUGCGCGUCGCCAACGACUUCAAAACUGAGGCCCAACAACAGUUGCAGAACUUUAUUUUGGAAAAUAAAACCUACCGCGAGAGAGUAAGACUGCUAGAGGGCCAAUUGGAGAAACUGAAAGGUGAAAAAACGUCCACAUCCACACAGACAGACACCAUUUUAACACCACAGAUAAUCGCGAUAGCGCGCAACUUGGACCCGGUCAUCACUAAUCGAAUAUCGUUGCUCGAACAUCCAGACCCUAAAAGCCCUGUUGGCUCGCCUAAGAGCAUGGAGAAAUUCUUCCCCAUCCUCAGCAAAGAGCGACGCUCGAAGAGCCGCGAUAAUUUGGCCGAAUCGAGCAGUGAAUCAUCGAGUAAACGCGCGAAAGAGCGAAAAUCUAGCUUGAAGAAGAGCAAGAGCAGAGAUGAUUUGACGGUGGCGCCCGAGGAGCCCUUGCAGGAGCCCAAAGGGCUCUUCAAGCGAAGCAAAAGCAAAGACAACGUCCAGGAAAGUGGUGAAGAGGAUGGCAAGGGCAGCAGAGGCUUUAUAAAGUGGUACAAAAGCAAGGACCACGUCGAUUUGGAGCCAACUAAGGGCGUCUUGAAGAAAAGCAAAAGCAAAGAGAAGGUUCAUGAAGUUGACGGUGCAGAAAAACCCCGAAGGAGCAAAGACAGCAUCGACUCAUCCUCGGACAGCAACAAGUCGGAGUCCAAGCCGGAAUUCUUGUCGAAGUUCAUAAAAAAACGGGACAAAUCCCGCUCCAAACCCGGCGCGCACCAGAAAUUCAUGUCGGUCGAAGAAGAAAUGCUGCUGAAGUCCUUGGACAGCUGGUACAAGCACAUCGACCACAAUGUGCCGGACGAGCUUCUGACCGAAGAAGACCGCGCGGUGAAAAGGCUGAAAACCCUCUACGAAGACGAUGUGUUGAAGGAACGACCAGUGGCGCACAAGCCCAAAGACAGCCUGGCCAUCAGCAAGCCCCUGCUCAAUUCCGUCGUUCUCAAUCCGAAGUUGGAGCGCUUCUUCAGAGACCCAAAGCUGCCCAGCGUGGAUGGCGAGGUGCGCCAAAGCGCUCUAGAAGACGUGUACUUUGCACUGGACAGCAAGGAACGCACCCCAGACGAGGCUUUGCCGAAAUCCCGAAGCAUGCAAGACAUUAACGUGUUCGAGGAGUUCCGAACUGAGUCUGAGCUGGCGCCGGUGACAAACGGCCAACCAAUCCCAGCCAACAAGGUUUACAAUCGAAUGUCCAGCGAAAUCCAUCCAAACGACUCAGUAUCCAAUCCAAGGUACUCAACUGAUCAUCUUCUGGACAACCAGCUGCCGCAGCCGCGCAUCUACGUCAACUACGAGAACUUGGACGACAUUAUUGGCGCCAUUCCCAAAGACCUGCCGGAAAAGGAGCUGAGCGAAGAGCAAAGGUUUGCGCUAAAGCUGAAACAGGCGCUGGAUGAAGCAGAGAAGCAGACCACGCUGAAGAGGUUAAAGAAGAAAAAGAGCUCAAUCAGAGGGGUGGAAAUCAGCGCUCCCACUCAGGAAUCAGUGGAGAAGAACUGGAAAUUGAAGGAAGUGCUGAUGAACCCAAAAAUCCGCCGCGCUGAAUACCCGACUCCCUCGGGGGAGCGCAAGAGGCACAGCACUGACAUCUGCAGCGAUCUUGGCAGUCCCUCUAACACUCCCACCCUCACAAAGGCCACCAGCAAGUCGCACGAGGACAUUUCUUUCAGCUUUAUCCCGGAAAACACGUUGAUCAACAUGUACUAUGCCUCGCAGCAAUCCAAGGAAUCCAGCAGUUCUUCUUCGUUCACCAGCGCUGAAUUCAAUCUGGAUACUGGAAAGAUCGUAGAAAAGUGCGACAUUCCUUUCAAGCUGCAAACAGUCACUGUUAUACCUGACUCCAGAGAGGAUCUUCUCUACAACGACACGCUGAACAAAACGAAGAAUAAGGAGGGCCUGGCGGAACUGAAGCAACAGCUUUCUGAUGAAGAUGUGCACCACCCGAAGAUAAUAGAGGCACGCGCCAACUACAGGCACGAAUUGGAGAAGGUUCUGAAGCGGAUUGAGCAUGACGAGCUGCGGAAGAGCUUGAGGAAGCAGAGGUCGCAAGACGAUUUGAGGGAACUGCCUGUGGUUGAUGCGCCCAAGGUUCGAAAAACAGUUCCACCUUCAAAGCCUAAUACUCUGGAGAUUGACGCCGGCUUGAUGGAUGUGGCCUUUGUGCCCCCGCCACAAGGCUACGAAGAUGAGGAGCAACUGACCCAAAAACCGGAACUUCAUUAUUACAACUAUGAAUCAGCAAAGGCGAUUUCCAUUGACGCAAGCCGAGGAUCGAGCUUCCUCCAAGAACCAGAAGAUGCAAUUCCACAGCAAUGGGUGUCUGUUGAAGUGCUGCAUUUUCAAGCCCCAACUUUGAUAGACCCUGAAGAACAAGACCUGAAACUCCAUUUAGUCUCGGACUCGGAGUCUCAUGCGGACGUUGAAGAAAGUCCCGAUAAUGAAGAAGGAGAGGAAGGGACACACGCACUGUUUCUCCAUGAAGGCUUGCAACCUUCACAUCAGAAAUAUCCCAGAGAAGGAGAGUUAGACUGGCAACUACCACCUGUCCUCCACCUUGUCGAAGAACCUCCCAGUGAGGAAGGGAGGCACGAAUUGUUAACUCUUCAUGAACUGGUGGAACAUCUUCAGCGAAGGACCAUUCGUUUGGGGCCUCCGGUUGAUUUGCAGCCAGAAUGGCAAAUGCCACAUGUGAGCCAAUGUGUUGAAGCAACCCUACACAUUGAAGAUGUAGAUAAACAACAUCCAAAGCAGGAAGAGCCUUUGAAAUCUCCGGCACAAGUGAGUCACCUUGUUGAAGAAGUCGAAGAAAGCCAACAUGAAGAUGUCACCCGCCCACGGCAGGAGGAAAAUUUGGAAGAGCCAACUGAAGCUAAACUAGGAUGGCAAGUGGCGGAAGUGCGUGACUCUGUUGGAGAAAAACCGCAACAUACAUCAACGCUCCAUGAAGAUUUGAGACGGCAAGAAGAAAAACACUCAGCAUCACAGCAAGAAAGUUUGAAACAUCCGUUGGAAGCAGAAUUAGAAUGUUUUAUUGAAGAGGAAAGGAAACACUCAUUAUCCGUCCAUGAUGAUUUCCGCAGUCCACCGCAAGAAGAAAGCCUGGAACAUCAACUAGAGGGAAACUUACAAUGGCAGGUGGCAGAUGUGGGGCCCAUUAUUGAAGAAAUCCCAAGCAUUGGAGAACAACCUCAAAUCGCAGAGGGUCAUUGGGAAGUCCCUCUCAUCUCAGAGUCUUCAGGUAUGGAGGAGAUAAUCAAAGAGAACCAGUAUGGAGUGGUGUCUCCUUUGGAAAUUCGGUCCUGCUACAGAACGGUCGUUAAAGAAUACAAAUCGCGAUUUCACCCAGAAGAACCUGAACCCGAGCCAGAGCCCAAUCAUCCCAACCACGAUCCCGCGAUUGAUGAUUUUUUCAGGCCGGCCUUCAACAAGAGCGUUGAAGCAGUGCGGGAAGACGAGGAAUCGGCUCUGCGUCGGUCUGAGGCCAUUUCUUCCAUAGACGAAGAAAUGGACGCCAUCAUGAGCCAAUACAUGAACACUACGGCUUCACUUCUGGUGCAGACUUCCCUAGUCCCAGAGCCGCUCCCUAAUGUGCAUCAGAUGGAUGACAUGCUCAAUGCGGAGCCGCUCUCACUGGAAGAUCAACAGUUGAUCGAGGAAAUGAAGGCAAAGUAUGAUCGAUCUGAUACACUGUCCACUACUUCAGAACGGAGUGACGUUGCUGGCGACCAGCUGGGAGAAGAGGCUGGGGCACGUUUGAGACCAAGUGUAGGGAAAAAGGAGGCGCGACCUCUAUCCGAACUCAAUGAGGCCGAUUUGCUGCUGAUUGACAUGGCUAGAAGGCAGAGCGCUGAUGUUGAGGAAACAGACAUCGUCCCUCCUUUGCCGAACAGCCCAAAGCCUCAGCAGGUGGAGGUUGCCCUGGUAGAAAACCCAGUUAAGUGGAAAAGUGUGCCCAGCCUGCAGCCGAGGAAUCCUGCUGAUGGCAACGUGGUGAUGCGAAACAGCCCUCCGAACCCUCGCACGUCCAAGCGACUGUCCGAUCUCAUGUUCACUGAGACGAUCUUCGUCCCUAUCGCAACUACUCCUGAGCUUCAACCGCCCACACCCCCGAAAUACAAACAGGACGGCCACUUUAAAGAACAAGUAUUUGUGGCUCCUUUGCCUGUUGCACACGAGCCGGUUUACUCCAACGUGGGCUUCAAGACACUCGAAUCUCCAAAGGCGGCCUAUAAAGGUGCUAUUAAGAAGCCCCUACCUUUGCCCAGGGAUAACCUGGCUGGUCCGCGCACUUUGGACGUUGCUGACUUUGACAAGAUGAGCGAGGCGGAGUUAAAUUCCAGUAGAGUAGGUGACAAAGAGGCAAAAGUUAGGGGAGAGAGCACAGAGGACCCCAUUUGGGUGGAGGAAAGCAAAGCCCAUACGGACAUAGUGAGCAAGUUGGAGGAGUCGCCUGUGGAGUUGAAAGCAUCUGGAGAGGAGGCGCGAGCCGUGCAGGAGGAGAACGAUGUUGAGGAAAUCGCACCGAACUCCAGCAACGUGAACCUAUUCCACAUGGAUUCGCCCCUGUCCUACGACUCCUACCUGGAGCUGUUCAAAAGCGACGAGAGCAAAGAGUUUGAAGCGCUUCUGGGCAAAAGGCCGGAAACUCGGCCAAAAAUCGUCGAUUUUGUGCCGUUGGACGACAAAACCACAUCGGUUUUCACUCAGGAGAACAACAGCUACGACACUUUGGAACGCGAGAAAACUUUCCACGUGCUGGAACAGGCCGCGACGAUUACCAAGCCGGAUGCGAGCUCUUCUUUGGAAGUUUUAGCGCAAAAAUCGUCCACCAGCGCUUCGAAGAGCAGCAGCACCAGUCGCACCAGCUUUUCUCAAGCGAAGAAACUGUUCGAAGCGUUGGCCGAAGCCAACAAGGAGGAGAAACCGAGGCCGAAACCGAACCGACUGGGAGGCCGCGAUUCGAAGAGUUGGCAGCAAUUGAAGCAGAAGCCCAGCAAGGAGACCAUUCCGGACCUCCCGACUCCCGACUCCAAGGACCAUUAAUGCAUACAUGUUUCUGUGUAAUUUUUUUUGUAGAAAGAUAGGAUGUAAUUGUGUAUUUUUUAAAUAAACCGCCCUGUAUGGGUGCUUGUUACCUUGUUUA